CAUUCGCCGAGAUGCUCUCGGGGCUCGAUUAAAAUCCACACGCGUGUUCCGAGUGAUCCUGAAUAUGGCGAAGGAGCAGUCGCAGUUGGGCAGUCAGAUCGGGGCAACUGGGGCAGAAAUGUUGGAGCCAUCAAUUGAGACUUUGGUACAACAUGUCGACCUCAACUCAGAGUUAUUCUUGGAUAUUCUUACAAAGGAGGAGAAGGAAGCCCUCCUUACAAAGAAAAUGGAAGAAAUAAGGAAGAAAAACGAUGCCAUCAGAAAACGCCAUGAGGAAAUAGAAGCUGAUAAGAAAACUGCUGUAAAAAAUGGAUGCUAUAAAUUUCCUGCUCCUAAAAAAGACAGAUCACACCAAUCGUCAUCAUCACAUCAUGCAGAUAGUAAUCCUGUUAAAACACGUCGUGGAGGACAGAAUUUUCCAGGAGAGCCAUCAUAUAAUUUUUUAUCGGAUCAAAGGAGAGAGGGACCACUUUCUCCGCACGAUGAAUCAAGACGUCACCAUAAAAACUAUGGAGGUGAUGAUUUUGGUAAUAUUAAAACGCAUAUGGCACAAAAAAGAGAAAAACAUGAUGGUGAUAGACAACCUCCAAUGGCAAAAUCCAAAGUAGAAAUGACAGCAACUAUGACUGGUAAAGAGAGACGACAGUAUCAAGAAUGGAAAAGUGAAAGAGAUAGAGUUGAUAAAGCUCGAAUAAAUAGACAAAAGACUGCUUCUGGAGAUUGGAGAAGAUCUUGGGAUUGUGAAAAAAUGCAACAAGAAAUUGAUGGGCCAAAUGCACCUAGAAAAAUGGAACCAGCAAAACGUCCAGCUGGUCGAAUUGGCAGUGGACGAUUUGAUAGACAUGAAGAUAGACCGAAAAUUGAUACCCCACCCCCCCAUCCACGUGGAGUACAAAUAGAUCAUGAUGGUCCUCCACCUCCACGAGGUAGGGGGAGAGGGAGAGGAAGAGGUCGGGGACGAGGAAAAGGACACAGUCCAGAAAAAUCCAAAUCUAAAGCCUUUUCACCAGAUAGUGAAGGUCGACAUGUUGAAUGCCAACGGGAUAGUUUAACUGUGAAGAUAGAUAAUAGUAAACCUAGUGAACACCUGGUAGAGGUAGAAUAUCAAGAUGACGAUCAAAAUCCAAUACAGCGCCCUAAAAUAAAUUCUGCUUCCAAUAGCACUUGCUCAGCAAAGUCUCCAUCAGAGUUAUCAUGGGAGGAUGAACUUGGUGGUUUCGAACCUUCAAAGGAUCCAGUCGACAUCUAUCUUAUGGACCCUGAUGAUAAAAAAGACAUAGUUAGUGGUUCAUCUGAUUACCUUUCUAAUGGCUUAAAAUCAGGUCAACAAAACCGCCAGUUAUUUUCUGAUGAGGAUGAAAAAGACCCCUUAAAAUUAAACUGUAAAUUAAAUCCUGAUGCUCCAGCAUUUUUACCAACCUCUCCUGAGAUUAUGAAAACUCCACCUGGUCAUGUCAAAGUUGUAGACUGGGUGGCUGAUGUCACUGCCAAUUUAAGUCCAUUAUCACCUACUUCAAGUAAUACUCCACAAUCAUCUGAAAAGAAAAACCCCUCAAGUAAUGUCAGCAAAACUGAACACUCUUCCACUGGAAAUGUUAAGAAAGAAUUGACUUUUUCACCAGAUAACAAACAAAAACUUGUUGAUUUGCCAGUUGGUAAUACUUCUUGUGAAACUGAAGCAAAACAUGUGAUUAAUACCAAAUCAGAGCCACAAACUGUACCUGUGGAAAGCCAAACUGAGAAUUUUAUCAAAGCAGGAUCCCCUUUAGUUGAGGCCGUCCUCAAUACAACAGACCUCAAUGAGAAUCUGUCCAAAAAGGAACCAGUGCCAAUAGAAUCUUUGAACAAAGAUGAUGAGCCAUUAUCUUCACAAAAUGCGGCUGUCGCCAAGAAAUCUGAAGUCACAGCAACUUCUGACAACUCAGAACUAUUGUCUUUAGAGAUUAAAGCAGUGUCCAAGAAUUCUGAAUCUGUUUUUUCAGAAUUGGAUGCCGCAGUCAAGAAGCCAGAAAUUGAAGCUGCAUCCAAGAAUUCUGUGCCGGUGUCUUCAGGGCACAAGGUAGAAACAAAUAAUUCUGAAUCAUUAUUUUCAGAAUUGAAGGCGGCAUCAAAAAAAACAGAAUCAUUGUCAGCAGAACUUGAAGCAACAUCCAAGAAUUCUGAGCCGGUGUCUUCAGGACACAAGACGGAACCUAAUAAUACAGAAUCAUUAUUUGCAGAAUUGGAAACAGCAUCCAAAAAGACAGAAUCAUUGUCAGCAGAAUUAGAAGCAGCAUCCAAGAAUGCUCUACCAGUGUCUGAAGAAAUCUGUGCAGAAUCGAAAAAUUCUGAACCAUUGAAAGCAGAACCCGAAGCAGCAUCCAACAAUUCUGUAAUAUUGUCUGAUGAACUCAAGGCAGAAUCCAAAACAUCGAAAACCUUGGCUUCAGAACUGAAAGCAGCACCUAAAAACCAGCCUGUAUCAUUAUCAGCUGAACUUGAAACAACAUCUAAGAAUUCUGUAUCAUUAUCUGAAGAACAGGAAUCGGCCAUAAACACAGGACCAACAACAUUGGCUGUUGAUAGUUGAAUGUGAUUUGGGCUGUGGUAGAGAAGAUAGGUGUAAUAUUUUAGAGUGGAUGGUGGUAUGUCAGUCGUCUACACAAAACUUGUGUACAAUAUACUGCAAGUUUAAUAAUAAUUUGGAUUGUUGUGGCUUAUUUAUAUAUAGAUAUUGUAAUACAUUCUGUACGUGUAUAUAUCAUUCAGUCCAUGGUUCCUAAUUUCAGGUGUUGUAAACAUUACUAGCAAUUCACUGUGUUCAUUGCUUAGGUUGUAAUGUAAUAUAAUUGCAAUUCUUGCCUUUUGUUUGAAAUUGCCUUGUAAAAAAUUGUGAAAAGUGAAACUGUGCUUACCUUAUAGUGUUAAACUAGUCUUCGACGUUAGAUAUUGUGGAGGAUAAAUUUUCGAAAAUUCCACAAUAUCUUUCAGCUUAAAAUGCUUCUCCAAUCUCCACAAUUAUUCAAUUUUAUUCAAAAUUGGUAUACUUUGUUUUUCGAUGCAUCUUUUCUAAUUGGAUUAAAGAUGACAGGUUAUAUAAUAUGGCCAUGGUUAGAGACAUUCAGGUCACUUUUGUACAAAGUAUAAUACUACACUGUAGUAUUCUCAGCCCAACUGCUUGUGGAGUUAUGGCCCUAGAUCUGAAAUAAAUAUCUUGUUAAUAUGGUAUUAAUCAGCAUUCAACAAUUUCGAACAAACCCCUAUAGUUGAUAUGUUGCUAUACUACAGGUGGUGUAAUGCUCCGAUUUUCUUCCGGAUUAUCAAUUAUUCAAGGAUCACACAAUUUUCAUUUUCUUAUGUUAAGGAUAAAAUCCAAGAAUAAUAUGACAGAUCUACAGUCAAACCUUUUUUUCCCUGAAUAUCCAGAAGCUUAAUGUCACUGUAUUUCAGGGAAAAUUAAAGUAUGGAUAAUAAGGAUUGAUGUACUCUAAAUCUGUUUUAAUUCAAACAUGUUAAAUAGAGACUGUGUGACCAUUAUUAUAUAUUCAAUCAAUGUAUCUUUUGAGAUUCCUUUUUGUAGAUAUUUUUUAUAAUGGUCGUCUAAGUCCAAUGUUAUUCUUCUGUUAUAUUUAUAUGAAAAAUAAAAAGCAAAAAAAGAAUCUAUACCCAUAAGUAUUAGCCAACACUAUAUAAAUGACAUUUGGUAUUAUUUAUAUAUAAUUGUAUAUAUAUACUUUAUUAUUUAUUUUAUACACAAUGUAUCAUAGUAAUAUUUGUUAUAUGUUUAGAUUUGGAUUUUGUAUCUAUAUUGUACAUUAAUCGCUCGGUAAAAAUACUAUAACCCUAGAAUAAUGAUACUUGAGCAUAAUACUGAUAUAAAAUAAAUUGUUCUUUGGUAUCUCUAAUGCUGCACAUAUACUGGUACUAUGGAGGUGCAUGGAGGGCAAUCUUGUGAAUACUCUAGUUGUCGUACUACCAAACUUGGUGGUGAUGGUGGUGCAAUCGAUUUUUCAGGUACAAUCAUAUCCAAAUAUCUUAAGUCAAUCUUUACAACACUGACAAACUUAGUAUAGUUAUUUUGGGGAUAUAUUACAGUAAGUGCAGUUUGAUGUGAGUAGAUUUAUAUGUAAUUUGGUGGGAUGGUAGGCCCCUAUUUACUAUCAUUUGUUUUGAUAUUCACAAAAAUAAUUUAUAUUGAAAAAGGUAUAUAACUGUAUAUAUAAUAAUGUCAUAUAUUUUGAAUGAAAUUUUAGAGAUUGUGAUUUAACUAUUAUAUCAAAGUAACCAAGGUCAGAAUUCAAGGGACAACCUUAAGGUUAGGGAAGUACCUUACUUGAAGGGGAACAAUCUCCUAAACUUUCACCAUAUUAAGGUUGUUAUUUGAAUUCAGGUCCAGCUAUCACACUUCACUAGAUGCUGUAAUGCAAUAUUUUAAAACAUAAGACAAACAGUACUUAAUUAUAAAAUGGUUAUUGAGUACUGUCAUAGACUAAGGACAAAUAUAUAUUGUGCAAUUUUUUGUAAUUUUAUAAUGUGAUGUCUCCAGUAUAAAUGAGAACUGUUUCAAAGGAAACAUUCUGUAUUUCUUUCCGUAAAAUUCAAUACUAUCUUGAUGAAAAAUACAAGAAACCAGUUUAUCAUAUAAAGUGUAAAAUUUUCUUGAUUGUGAAAGUUUUAGAAACCAUAUUAUCAUAUACGGCAUAAAAAUUAGAUGAAUAACAGUUUUAUUGGAUUGUUCCUUGAACAACAUAAUAGUAUUGUUGAAUUUUUAAAAUUUUAUUUUGGACUGUACAAAAGCUACAUUGUGCCUUAAUAUUUGUAAGUGCUUUAUCACUUUAUGGCUGUGUUCAUUCACAGAAGUCCAUGUUUUGUGAAAAAAUGAAUUGCCUUUUUCAUGUUUAUAAUGGAAUCUCACUCAGCUUAUUGCAUGAACAUGAAAGCAUGACUGACAGUAGCAGUAGAAUUGUGCAACACUGUUUGACUCUAUUACUAGUGUUCACUGACUGUUCACAUAUUCUGAGUAACUUCCUUCAUCUGCACACCAUUUUAUUAUUUCAGUCUUAUCAGUACUUUGGUCUUUUAUUCCAAGUACAACUUAAGACCAGAAUAGGUGAUUUGAUGCAUAGGAGAAAGAAGUUUUGGGCAAUUGUAUUUUUGUAAUGAAUAAAGACUUAAAAAGUCGUAUAAAAUGAUCUUAAAAAGGAGAAGAAAUAUGUAAUUAUUAGGCUUUGUAAAUCUGUGGGUUUUUUUUAAUAUAAUUUUUUAGGUAUUAUUUACCUACAUGGCUCAUUUGUGUUGAGUUUUCUCUCAUUGUUUGACCUAUAUGCAUAGAUAUACAAUACAAAUAACUGCUGGUAAGCUGGCACCAACUUCCCUUUGUGCCAGGAGUAUAAAUGAAGGGAUUAGAAUCUUUCACUACAAUUUGAAGUCGUUUCCCCCCCUCUGCUUUUCGAUCUCCAUAUGGUUUAAGUUUAAUCCAAUUCAUUGUUAAAGACAUAGUUGGUAUUUAGAAACACACUGGUUGUGAAGGAUAAAAGUUGAUUUUACUUUUGGCAAAACUGGAGGAGCCGAAUUGCUACAUGAGCGAAUUUAGGUAGCCAAUCACCAUGGGGCAUGAUCUUCAUUAAAUUGCUGUUAUAUACAAGUAAUGUAAUUUUUAUGAGAGAGAUAAGCCGUUUAGAAACCACAAAAAGCAGAUUAAAAUUUAAAAUGUUUUUCAAAGGAGAACGAAAUACAUGUAAUUUGAAGGAUUACAAAGGAGCUUAUAUGGUAGAUAUUGGCCUUAUUUACCUCCUUGGUUAUAGUAGAAUAAGAUUAAAUUAUAUUGGCCUUAUUUAUCAACACUUUAAAGUAGCAUUCUAUCCAGUUGUAAACCUGAUUUUUUUUCUGUAUAAUUUUAAGAAUAACUAAAUGUUUUUGGUAAUUUUCACUACAGUCUUUAAACAUCAGAUCAGAUACUCGAGAUUUUAAUUAUAUUAGAACAGUUUGCCAUUUAAUUUAAAAAUGGGGUAGCGAAACUAAGUCUCGUAUAUACCAGUGCCCUGGUUACCCAAUGCACACAUUUUGUCAAAACUACAACCAGUGACAAUUUGAAUGAAAUUUUUAUUUUACAUUAUCUUUUUUUGAGCUAUUAUAGCAACAAUGGUCAACUUUUUAUCUAAAUCUUACAUAAUGUAUCUUUAAGUGAGGUAUAAAAUAAUUAUACUCUGUUUAUAUGUAAAUAUCAAUCUCGAUUAAAUCCAAUGUUGUUUUUUUCAUCAUUUAGCAUGUGGUAUUUUAUAUUUUACAAUUUUUUUUAUAUCAUUAUAUGUUUUAUUUUAACAUUUUUACAAUAACAGAAUUCAAGUCAUGCUGUGCUUUCAACAAAAAUUUAAGAAGAAAAAGAAAAAAAACAAAUCGAAAAAAAUAUUGUAAAGAUUUAAAAAUUGCUUAUAAACUGAAAGAAAAUAAAGUAUGUGAAUUAAUAUUU